AUGAUGUUCCUACCAAAAAUCUGGUCCAGCAAAGACGAGUCGUCAGUCGACGUCUCACCGACGUCGCAUUCGAAUGCUGGGCCGUUGGACAGCAGCAAGACACCCGCCGUCACUAAUGCCGAGCGCGACAGCCAUGAGAAGAGUGAAGAUGACGAGGUGCAGAAAGGUGUCGAGGAGGUCGAGGCCAGCGUCAAAGUCUGGAGUCCAUUUCACAUUUACCUCGCAUGGGCCUUCAUCUGGCUCGUGUAUUUCGCAGAUUCCAUGCACUCGGGGAUGGGCGUCACACUGACCGCCUACGUGACGAGCUCAUUCUCCAAGCACGGUCUCACGGCCACGACCGGUGUCUUUUCGCAGCUCAUUGGCGCCCUCAUCAAGCUACCACUCGCUAAAGUUUUGGACAUCUGGGGUCGUCCUCAGGGCGUGGCGCUGACUGUGUUCUUCAUGGUCGUUGGUCUGAUCAUGAUGGCGGCAUGCCAGAACGUCGAGACGUAUGCGGCAGCACAAGUAUUCUACUGGGUUGGCUUCAACGGCGUGGGUUACAGCCUACUCGUUUUCACCGCCGAUACAUCAGCGCUCAAGAAUCGUGCUUUUGUCUUCGCCUUCAUCAACACCCCCUUCAUCAUCUCAACACCGACCAGCGGCUACGCAGCGGAAAGGUUCGUCGCCAACGGCCCUCAAGGCUGGCGAUGGGCUUUUGGUGCUUUCAGCAUCAUUGUUCCCGUAGUCGUAGCACCCAUAUUCUUCUUGUUUCUAUACAAUCAUCGCAAGGCCAAGAGAAUGGGAGCUCUCCCCCCAAGGCAGCCCAGCGGACGCACUCUACUGCAGUCAGUCAAGUACUACGCGAUUCAGUUCGAUCUUUUUGGCAUCCUACUUGCUGCAACCGGCAUGGCACUAUUUCUGCUCCCGUUUAACAUUUAUUCAUACCAGAAGGAGGGGUGGCACUCUCCCAUGAUCAUCUGCAUGCUCGUCUUUGGCAUCGUGAUCAUCGCCUUAUUCGCUCUCUACGAAAAGUAUCUUGCUCCCGUCAAGUUUAUCCCUUUUGAGCUCCUUGUGGACCGCACCAUCAUCGGCGCCUGCCUGACCGUAUCGUUAUCAUUUAUAUCCUUCUACAUUUGGUCGGCCUUCUUCUCCUCGUUUCUCCAAGUCGUCACCGGAGCGUCCAUUGUGCAGGCGACAUGGGUGGGCCGCAUUUACAACAUCGGAAGUUGCUUCUGGGGAUUGAUUGUCGGUGUACUCAUUCGCUGGACCGGGCGCUUCAAGUGGCUCUCGCUCUACUUUGGCGUGCCGUUGCAAAUCCUGGGCGCUGGUUUGAUGAUUUACUUUCGCCAACCCGGUAGACCUCUUGGGUAUAUCGUUAUGGCGCAAAUUUUCAUCGCUGUGGCGGGCGGAACCCUGGUAAUUUGUGAGCAAAUUGCCAUCAUGGCCGCUGUCGCCCAUAAGCAUGUCGCAGUUGUCCUGGCACUGCUUGCCAUGUUCUCCUCCAUCGGUGGUGCCAUCGGAAGCACCGUCUCUGCGGCCAUCUGGACAGGUGUCUUCCCCAGAAAGGUACAGGAGUAUCUUCCAGCAGAGGCAAAACAGGAUGCUCCUUUGAUUAUCGCGAGUUUACCCAAGCAGCUGUCAUACCCUGUGGGUUCCGCAGCUCGGUUGGCCAUCGAUAAGGCGUAUGGCGAUGCUCAGAGAAUCAUGAUGAUCUCAGCGACGUCCGUCUUGAUUGUCACCAUAUUUACUGUCGCCAUGUGGCGUGAUUUGAAGGUCAAGGACUUUGAUCGCAGGACUAACGUUAAAAACUGA